AUGAGUACAUACGACUACAUCAAGCAUUUCAAAAGAAUUUCUGAAGAACUAUCAACUGCCAACCAUCUAGUGGAUGUACCGUCCAUGAUCUUUGCUUUCCUCCACAGUCUUGGUCCUCAGUACAUCUCCUUCACCGUCAGCAUCAAUGCAAAUAUCAAUCAUUUGUCAUUUUGA